UAUGGAUUUCCGCUUUUCCCCCCCACGUGUCUGGUUUCUUGAAGCGAGGUGUAAGAUCAUUGGCGACCCAGGCCCGGAAAGCGUCCCGAACCGUGUGCGAAUCCGCGCCAGCCAAUGUCUUCUCGUCCUCGAUAACAAUCAGCUCAUAGUGAGCAGCAAGGUAUGGCUGGCCUUCGUCAGAUAAAGCUUCCUCGACAUCACGAAGCUUUUCAAUGAUGCGAGCGAAUGGAGCGUCACUUUCGGGUCCGUAGGCUGUGCGAAAGACAACAAAGCCCCACGGCGCCCCAGGGUGAAGGUCGUCUCACCAACACUCCGUGUGUAUUCUACCGGAUUUCCGGUUUCUGCGAUAUGUUCUAAGAGCAGUGCACGGACACGUUGAUCGUGGGAUUGACUGUCCACACGCUUAGGUGCAUUUGAAGACUCUUCUAGAUUUUGUUGUUCUUGGAUGGCUGUAUGUUCUUCGCCGGGGGAAGUCGGUAUUAUUCGCUGUAGCCCAUCUGAGAAUGUCGCGAACUUCCUUCGCACAGUAGAGUGCGGUGCACGAGGGAUAUGGACAAUGAGCCUGCUCACCAACCACAAAGGUCGGGGCGGGCGAUGCAUUAGCACUUCUGUUUUAGAUGCGCUAUUCGUAU